AUGCUGCGAAAAGCUUGGGUUAUUGGAUUUUACGUUGCUCAACUCCUAGCACUAGGUGCUGGGUUGUACUGGCUGGUGCUAUGGCCAUUCCUAGCAGCACCUUUGAUUUUGGCUUACAGCUUCAUGGCUCUGGGCGUGGUCACUUCGGAUGUGUUAACCCCUAGUUUGUCAGUGGUGGCUACAGAGCUUGUGGGAGUAUCGGAACGAGUCGCUGGCCUCACUUUGCUGGCUUUGGGUAACUCUAUGCCAGAUAUCACCAGCACCUACCAGGCGAUGGAAGCUAACGCCACAACACUUGCCCUAGGAGAACUGGUGGGUGCUGUGGUGUUCAUGUUGACCGUGGUGACAGGGACAAUGGCUUUUGUUAGAACAAUCGAUCUGCGGAAUGGAGUGGGUAUGAGUGCUGUAGGACCUGGAACCGUUCUUUGGUAUAGUCGGAGUAGACUGGUCAAGGAUUUGGCGAUGUUUGCAUCAAUGGUCUCUUUGGCUCUAUUUUUGUUGUGUGAUGGACGACUGGUUCUGUGGGAAUGCGUUGUGAUGGUUGUGGCGUAUGUGAUGUAUAUUUUGAGCCAGGUCCUGGGAGGAGAACAUGCAACGACGCUGGGGAAUGCACCAGAAGAUGAGGAAACGGCUCUUCUCAUCAGUCCCUCUUCUACAAGGCCCGAUGAGGACCUAUUCUUGCAACAACUGGAUUUGAACAAAAUUGUUUUCCGGGAAAAACUGCAGCGACACUUACGCCGCAACUAUUCUCGACGGCUCACGCUUUCGCUCGACUCCAUUCUCAACGUUUGGGAUAAUCCUGACCUUUUCGAGAUAGAGCCCACAGCGAAGAACACUUCUAGUAAGACUCGGAUCACUAGAAGUCGUUCGAAUCGAGAAUUCGCUUACAGCGUAGCCCCACCGUCAAGACCGGAAAUUACAGUCACCGCGGCACCCGAUGUACCGACACCAGAAGCUGCCAAUCCAAAUUCUUUAAGACCUCUUCUGCGAACCUAUUCGCGCUCAGCAAGCGCAGAUUACCUCUUGUAUCUUAACAACCGCAUUCAAAGCACCACCAGCUCGCUUUCAGACCAGAACUCGGAUCACGGCUCUCAGGAUCUUCAAAGCGUUCACAACUCUAUCAACUCCCGAGAAUCACCGGCUUCUAUUCUUGACAAACCUGUCAUUCAGUCGACACUGCGACGCUAUUGGAAUGGCAACAGUGAUGUCACUGCAAUGGGACUUGUGGAGCUUUUCACGGCGCUCUUGGUUUCACCCAUAGUUGCUGGGCUCAGAGUUCUGAUCCCAGCGUCUUGCAAUGCCACCGAUCGCACAAAACGCGCGUUCAAUGUUGAGCUGGUCCAGGUUUCCGUCAUUCCAUUUGUGUGGUGUUACGCACUUACACACUCUAUUUACGUGGUCGCUACAUUGUUGUUCUCGGGAAUACUGACAAGCGUGCUAUGGUAUUUGAAUCGAAAUCGAUAUUGCGACUCGGCCGUGAGGUACCUUUGCGUUUUAAGCUUUUUGACGUGUCUGGGGCUGAUAUCGCUUACCGUACAGGGCGUGAUAGCCACUUUACAGCGCUGUGCGCAUUCACUCCGCCUAUCCGAAGCUAUGUUGGGACUCACGGUGUUUGCCUGGGGCAAUUCAAUAGGUGACCUUGUAACGACAAUUACUUUCACGAAAAUGGGGGUCUUAGAUAUUGCGUUAGGUGCAUGUUUUGGGGGCCCGCUGCUCUAUUUCGUGUUUGGAGUAGGUUUUGACGGCAUCCUCGUUAUGCUUUCAAGACCAGCCAAAGAAGGCCCAUUCUGGUACCGCUCCAUUGAAUUUGAAGUGGAUCGACUACUAAUACAGAGCUGCAUUAGCAUGUUGGUGACUUUUCUCGUCUACGCGGCAUUGAUACCACUCAACAAUUGGCAAAUUGACCGAAAAAUCGGUGUUGUACUGUUGACUUUGUACAUGUGCACCACCGCAGUAAACGUUUGGUCAGAGCUGCAAAUGGUACGCUAG